AUGGCCGACACUUGGGGGACGUUGCGGCCUUCUGACAGCGCUCACCGCCGCUGCACGCAACUCGACGGACUCUGGGCCUUCAUCGCCGACCACAAAGACGACGGACAUGCAAGCGGCUUCUGCAGUGGCCUGCCCGAGAGCGGCCGCACGCCCAUCGCCGUCCCUGCCUCGUGGAACGAGCAGCUCCCUGAGCUCGACUCGUUUCUCGGGCCCGCGUGGUACGAGCGCACCGUCUGGGCGCCGCUUGGGCUGACGCCUCGGCAGCGCGUCUGCCUCCGCUUCGGAAGCGUCAACUACUCGUGCGAGGUGUACUUCAACGGAGAGCGAGCCGGAGCACACGAGGGCGGGCAUCUCCCAUUCGAGGUGGACGUGACGUGCCUCCUCCGCUCCUCCGGCGAGCCAAACUUGCUCGUGCUGCGGGUCGACGGACGCCUCGAACCGACCCACGUCCCUCCGGGCGGCGGGUGGGGCGCGAUGGCGCCGGGCUGCUUCCCGCGCGCCUCGUUCGACUUUUACCCGUUCUGCGGCGUGCAGCGGCUAGAGGACCUCACCGCUGGCGCCGCCUCGGCCGCUAGCGUGGUAAUGCGCUGCCGCUGCGGGACCGGCGUGAGCCGUGCGCUGGACGCCGACGGUGCCCCGAUUGACUCGUACGAGCAGCGGCUUGGACUGCGGACUGUCGAGGCGUCGGACGACGGCCUCCUCCUCAACGGCGAACCCGUGUCCAGCCGCAGUGCCCUACCCCACCCGGUUGGCGCCGUGCUUGUGCGCGACCACGCGUGCUUGCGGUGGGUCGGCGCCAGCCAACUCGUACCGCACCGCGCACUACCCGGGUUCCUACCCUACCAAACCCGGUACCCGAAUCCAAUAGGCGCCAACUCGUACCGCACCGCGCACUACCCGUACUCGGAGGUGGACCUCGACCUCGCCGACGAGCACGGCUUGCUGGCGCGUCCGACAUGCGUCGCGCGGCAGGCCAGCUGCUUGCUGGUCGUCUCCGAGUCUCCGUGCGUCGGACUGUCGUUCGCCGACGCGCCCGCCAUCGUGUGCAACGAGCCGGGAGGGCCGCAGUCGGUGCCGACGGCGGAGGCCAAGAGGCAGCAGACGGAGGCGCUGCUCGAGUUGGUGGCGCUCGCAAGGGCGGAGGGCACGCGGCUGGUGACGUUUGCCAACAUCCCCGAGCAUUGCGACGAGGCCAACCGCGCGUGUGACUUUCUCUCGCUCAACGAGUACGUCGGCUGGUACUACGACGUGGGCAAGCCGCUCGCCGAGAUUGGGAGACAGCUCGAGGCCAAGUUCGUGGCGCUAGAAGCGGAGUUCGUGGCGUUGCACGCCGACUUUCGCAAGCCGAUCAUGGUCUCCGAAUGCGGUGCGGACACGCUCCCGGGAUGCCACAUGAUGGCGCCGGGGCUCUGGAGCGAGGAGUUCCAGGCGGGCCUCUUGGAGGUGUACACGGAGCUGGAGCGCAAGCUGCCCUUCGUCUUUGGCGUGCACGUCUGGAAUCUCGCCGACUUUCGGACGCCGCAGAUGCACCUCCGUGCCGCGGGCCUCAACCACAAGGGCGUCUUCACGCGGCUCAGAGAGCCGAAGCUCGCGGCGCACAUGCUGCGUCGGGCGUGGAGGCCAUAA